AUGCCGGAGCAGCUCAGCGUCGCCGAGUUCCUGGCCGUCACCGCGGAGGAUCUCAGUUCCCCUGCCGGGGCCGCCGCCUUUGCCGCCAAGAUGUCCCGGUGCCGGGGGGCGGCACUGGCGCGAGAGGAGAUCCUGGAGGGAGACCAGGCCAUCCUGCAGAGAAUAAAGAAGGCUGUGCGGGCGAUCCACAGCUCUGGCCUUGGCCAUGUGGAGAACGAGGAGCAGUACCGAGAGGCCGUGGAAUCCUUAGGCAAUAGUCACCUGUCCCAAAACAGUCAUGAGCUGUCCACUGGCUUCCUGAACUUGGCCGUGUUCACCCGCGAGGUGGCCGCACUCUUCAAGAACCUGGUUCAGAACUUGAACAACAUUGUCUCUUUCCCACUGGACAGCCUGUUGAAGGGGCAACUGAGAGACGGGCGACAGGAUUCCAAAAAACAGCUAGAGAAGGCGUGGAAGGACUUUGAAGCCAAAAUCUCACCAGGAACCACCUCCCUCUCCAUCUGGCCUCCUGAUCCCUCCUGCCUCCGGCCGUCACAUGCUCUGAUCCUCCUACCCAGCCCUAGAUUCCUCCAAGACAACUUCUCAGACUUCAGAUCCCAGCUCAAACAUCAAUUCCUGGGCAGCUGGAAAAGGGCCAGGCUGGAGAAGGAGAGGGACCGGGCCAGGGUGACAGGAGGGAACCCUGGGGAGGUGGCCCAGGACACACACAGAGAGCGGCGCGUCUUCCAGCUGCACAUGUGUGAGUAUCUGCUCAAAGCUGGGGAGAGCCAGAUGAAGCAAGGCCCCGACUUCCUGCAGAGCCUCAUCAAGUUCUUCCACGCCCAGCACAACUUUUUCCAAGAUGGCUGGAAGGCUGCUCAGAGCCUGUCCCCCUUCAUCGAGAAGCUGGCAGCCUCAGUUCAUGCACUGCGUCAAGCCCAGGAGGAGGAGCUACAGAAGCUGACCCAGCUCCGGGACUCCCUCCGAGGGAUGCUGCAGCUUGAGAACAGAGAGGAGAAUAUGAGCCGGAAGAACUCAGGAGGUGGCUACAGCAUCCACCAGCACCAAGGCAACAAGCAGUUUGGGACGGAGAAGGUGGGCUUUCUAUACAAGAAAAGUGAUGGAAUUCGAAGAGUCUGGCAGAAAAGGAAGUGUGGAGUCAAGUAUGGCUGCCUGACCAUCUCACACAGCAUGAUAAACCGGCCGCCAGUGAAGCUGACCCUGUUGACCUGCCAAGUGAGGCCAAACCCCGAGGAGAAAAAGUGCUUUGACCUGGUGACUCACAACAGGACGUACCACUUCCAGGCGGAGGACGAACACGAGUGUGAGGCGUGGGUGUCAGUGCUGCAGAACAGCAAGGACGAGGCUCUGAGCAGUGCCUUCCUCGGGGAGCCCAGCGGCAUUCCGGGGCCCUGGGGGGGCGCUGGGCUGGACGGGGAGCUCCAGGACCUCACCAAGCUCCUCAUCGCGGAGGUGAAGAACAGGCCCGGGAACAGCCAGUGCUGCGACUGCGGGGCUGCAGACCCCACGUGGCUCAGCACCAACCUGGGCGUGCUCACCUGCAUCCAGUGCUCUGGUGUCCACCGCGAGCUGGGCGUGCGAUUCUCGCGCAUGCAGUCCCUCACCCUGGACCUGCUGUGCCCCUCGGAGUUGUUGCUGGCCUUGAACAUGGGAAACACGCGCUUCAAUGAGGUCAUGGAGGCCCAGCUGCCCUCACACGGGGGCCCUAAACCCUCAGCUGACAGUGACAUGAGUGCCCGCAGGGACUAUAUCGUGGCCAAGUAUGUGGAACACAGGUUUGCCCGGCGGUCCACACCCGAGCCUCAGAGACUCUGGAUGGCCAUUUGUAACCGGGACCUCCUGUCUGUACUGGAGGCCUUCGCUAAUGGGCAGGACUUCGGACAGCUGCUGCCAGGGCCUGAUGGGCAGGCACCUGCAGAGCUCGCCCUGCACUUGGCUGUCAGAGUCGCCACCCAGGCCUCCCUGCCCCUGGUGGAUUUCAUCAUUCAGAACGGCGGUCACCUGGAUGCCACAGCUGCUGAUGGGAACAGUGCUCUGCACUACGCUGCGCUCUACAACCAACCCGACUGCCUCAAGCUGCUGCUGAAAGGAAGAGCUUCCGUGGGCACAGUGAACGAGGAUGGAGAAACAGCCCUGGACAUAGCCAAGAAGAAGCAGCACAAGGAGUGCGUGGAGCUGCUGGAACAGGCCCAGGCUGGGACCCUCGUCUUCCCUCUGCAUGUGGACUACUCCUGGGGGAUUUCUACAGAGCCUGGCUCUGACAGUGAGGAGGAUGAGGAAGAGAAGUGCUGCCCGCUGAAGGCCCCGGCCCAGGCCCACUGCACCAGCGGGAGGAUGGACAUCAGCAACAAGACCUACGAGGCCAUCACCAGCCUGGGAUUAGCUUCCCCUCAGAGCCAGAGUGAGGACUGUCCCCCACCCUUACCAGUCAAAAACCCUUCUCGGACCAUGGUCCAAGGCCGCGCAGGACAUACCAGCGGAGAUCAUUCCGAAGGCCCCAGCCUGAGCUCAGAGCCUCCUGGGGCCCCUGAGAGCCAGGGCAGUCCAGCGUCCUCCUCCUCCAGCCUUACAAGCCCUGUGGAACUUGGCGGUGCCAACCAAACCCCACCCAGCUCUGAAGAGGGCCUCUUGGAUCCGCCGAGCACCUCCCGCCCCAGCCUGACAUCUGGAACCACCCCUGCAGAGACGUAUCCCCCAGUCAGGUUCAGCUCCGAGAGCACGCGCUCCUACCGGCGCGGGGGCCAGAAUCUGGAAGACUGCCCCUCAGCCAGGCAGCCCCUACCCAGAAGGAGCAUGCCAGUUGGCUUCACGGAAGGAGAGGGCUUAAGAACUGGGGUUCUCCCGGCAAGUUCUGUGCAGCUUUUGCAAGACUAG